GUCAUAUCUUCAGCCUUUUAAACCCUUUCUUUCGAAACAGUACUUUUGCUACUUUUCUUUUGAAUCAUGCAAUGAAUAAUUUUUUCUUCUCUUCUAUUAUUGCAUUACAUUCGAUUUAUUUUCUUCAAUGAAUGAAUCGCUUUGCAACCAAUAUUUUCUCCAACAAUAUGAAUUAAAAGAUCAUAUUGGCUACGGUGGAUAUAGCUUUGUUAUGUCUGCAUUACAGCGCACUACAGGCCGCGAAGUGGCUGUCAAAUUCAUCUACAAACACAAGUUAUCAAAGCAGCAAUUGGUAUUCCUUCCAGCAAUACCAACAACGACGGCUGCUACAGCUACUAUCACUGAAGAGAGGGGAAAUUAUAUACCCAAAGAGAUAGCUAUUUUAAUGCGCAUUAAGCAUCACCCUACUGUUAUUGACUAUGUUGAUUAUUUCGAAGAUCAACGCUAUUAUUAUCUAGUUAUGGAGUUGUUUGGCACAGAAUGGGGCCUCUGCGACAAAAAGAUUGAUGCUUUUAAUGAUUGCAUCAAGGGGACGGGUGAUUAUACAAAUUCCAGUGACAGCCACGCUACUGGUAUAGAAGGAGAGACAAAUUCAAUAAAUUAUUUCAGUGAUUGUAGGGCCUCCAGCAGUAGUGUCGAGUCCUCAUCGCCUGUUACGCCUAUGGCUUCUACACUUACCAUUUUACAAAAUACAUCGUUAGCCAUGACAAGUAAGGAAUAUGCUUUUAUCGAACACCAAACAAGCAAGCAUCGUCGUCAUAGAAGAAGAAGCUCUAGUGAUUUAUUUGAAUGUAUUGAGGCACUACUAAAGCACAAACACUUACAAGAACAGAAGAAGAAACAUUUUCAAGAAAGAAAGCGCAUCAACAACAAUUGUAGUGAAUCUAAUGUCGUAUUCUCGGAAGCACAAAUUAAAACCAUCUUCAGGCAGAUUAUUCAAUGCGCAUAUGAUUUGAGCAAGAUCGGAAUUUAUCAUCGUGAUAUCAAAGAUGAAAAUAUAGUCAUUGACUCUAGUUUUAAGGUCAAAUUAAUUGAUUUUGGAGCAGCUAUUCAAAUACCAAUCGUACAAACUUCCCAUGGGAAUACUUCUUCAGGUCGUCAUCAUCACCGCAGUAGUAUCAGUAGCCGUUCCGGCAUUACAAGUAAUGCAACGACCUUAAAUACGGCACAAAAAUUUUCAAGAUACAAAGUAACCAAAUUUUUAGGAACAGUUACUUUUGCUUCACCAGAAAUCUUGCUAGGACUUGAUUACAAGCCAGAGCCAGCUGAAGUGUGGUCUUUAGGUGUACUGUUAUAUACUCUUUUGUUUGGCCAGCCACCGUUUUAUAGCUCUGAUCAAGUGAUGAAGGGCCAAUGGCUUAUCCCUGGGUCGAGUGUGCCCUUAACGACCUUGGGAAAUGAUACUGCUGAAGCCACUAUUACCCAACUUUCAGAAAAUUGCCUACAUUUGCUUAAAGGAUUGCUUAGGCACCAUCCCGAACAGAGACUUAGCCUUGAAGAAAUAUUAAACCAUCCUUGGUUAGCAGAAGCAGUUUAGUCUCAUAAAGUAUCACCAUAGUUGAAGGAUAAUAUGUACUACCUUCUUCAUUUCUUACGUG